AUGGGUUACAGCGCUUUGACCUUUGCGGUGCACCUAUUAGCCGCCGUCUGUCAACGGCUGGACGAGCUUGGUAGAGGUGGAUCGACUGGGGUGAGACCCACUUCGAAGCUGCAACUGGCAUGCUUUCCCGCCGGAUCUGAGGGCUACGUGGCCCACACGGAUGGAUCAGCACUAGAGGAGUUGGAGGAUUCCAUGCCACCUGAUCAGAGAGCUAUGAUCUCUUCCAGGGGUUCCGCACGGCGUCUCGAGGAUCGGCGCGUGUUCCAGCAGUUACCAGCUGACCACUGGGACGAAUCCUACGAUGGGGCACUUCGGGCCUACGGAGCUGAGAGCAGGGCAGAGGACUCCUACGUCGAUGCCGCUUGGCACCUACGGCGACGGACUGCAGGCCUUGCCUUACCCGAGGCCUUGCCGCAUGGGGGUUCUUUGAUCCUCUUCCGCUCCAGGGAUGUGAUCCACGAAGUGCGGCCGACCAGCCAUGACCGCUAUGCGCUGACCAUGUGGUACGCGGUGCUGACCAAAAAGGCCAGUGGCAAAAAGAAAGCGAAGGCCAAGAAGAAGAAGGUCGCCACACCCGUGGCCUCGACGGAGGAAGAGGCGUUACAACGCAUCGAGAGCCACAACGAGGCCAAAGAACUGGACCUGGAGACCUCUUUUUCGAUGCUGACCAAAGGCUGCUUUGAAGUGUCAGAUGAGGGCUUCCUAGAGGCUCCGAUCUACAGCAACCAUCAGAUUGAGGCUGCCUGGUUGUUCUUGUUUGAGAUCCGGCGCCGGUAUUUCAACCGACGGAAGCAAAUCCAGGAAUGUACCCGUUUACUGGGCUCCUCUCAGAACUGGUCUAUGCUGCUUUACGGAUCCAAAAAGAUCCAACACGCUUUGCGAAGCAUGCCAGCAGACGCUCGGAUCGAGAUCUUAGAAGAUGCAGGUGCAAUGGACCUCAUGACGCUGCUCCAGGCGCCUGGCCCCCUUUCUGCACCGCUUGCUGCACCGCUUUCGGCACCUGCGGGAAUGUCACCGGCGACACCCGAAGGAAGAGAUUGGCCAGAGCGCUGGCCCAACCAACCUGAAGCUUGGCCAAGUGGGAACCAAUCCUCUCCUUUUGACGAGCCGCAGCGGUUUGAGACGGGCCCGGGACCGUCUCACCCCCCGAGGGAGGAAGAGGGCUUGGGCUUUUUCCCGCCUGAGAGGCUGGAGGAGAGGCGCUUCUCCAAGGAGGCGACUCCCAUGGCCGCCCCAGUGGCUCCAGUGGCUCCAUCGGCUCAGGAGCUCAUGGCUGGUGCGAAGCUGGCACAGGACUCCGGAUUGAGCGCUCAAGACAUGAUGACUGGAGCUCGCUAUGCCCAGCAAUCGGGCAUCAGACCACAGCAUGCCUUGGAAGGUGCAAGGAUGGCGCACCAGGCGGGUGUUCGCCCACAACACGUGCUUCAAGGUGCACAAAUGGCCCAUCAAGCUGGGUUGAGGCCACAGCAUUUCGUAGAUGGCGCCAGGGCAGACACUUGGCUGCAAGUGGACAUGUUGCUACUCAGACCGUGA